GAAGACAGAGACUGAGAGACGGCCUCAGCAGCUCAGGAGAGAAACCACAGAGCAGAGGAAGAGGGCGGGCUUCAAUGACUGUGUUGAACAGCGGCCAGCAGGCUGACUGUGAGAGCGGACACCAUGGAGGACAGACGUCUGCUGGCUCUGACCUCUCUGAUCAUCUACACAGCAACGCUUCCAGCAGCUCUGGUCCCUGUUUCAGCGUUCUCAGCAGGACUGACUGUGAGUCCCAGCAGAUCUCAGUUCCUUCAAGGAGACUCAGUGUCUCUGAGCUGUGAGGAGGACGGAUGGACAGUUUGGAGGAAGACCAGCAGGAGACAGAGGAGUUCAUGUGAAGACUGGUGGGGAGAACCUGCUGGUUCCUCCUGUAGAAUCAGCUACAUGUUGACCAGUGACAGUGGAGUUUACUGGUGUGAGUCCAGAGAGGGAGCAGCUGGAAGCAGCAUCAACAUCACUGUAGCUGAUACAGUGGUCCUCCAGAGUCCAGUCCUCCCUGUGAUGGAGGGACAGGACGUCCCUCUGGGUUGUAGAACCAGCGCUCCCUCCACCCUCUCAGCUGAGUUCUUUAAAGACGGCGUCUCCAUCGGGACCGAGUCCACAGGUCACAUGACCCUCCGCCAUGUUUCCCGCUCUGCUGAAGGCCUCUACAGGUGUAGCUUCAGAGGUGUUGGAGAGUCUCCACCCAGCUGGAUCUCUGUCUCAGCAGGAACCCUGAAGGCUCGGCAGCAGAACCUGAAGUCACCUACAGCGACGUCAACAUCCUGCAGCGUCAGCAGCAGCCGGUCAGACGGAGCAGAGAUGUGGAUCCAGUGUUUUCAGAAGUCACUUUCAGACGUUUCUCAAGAAAAUCGUCAAAGAGAAACGAAGCUGAGCGGAGAAGUCAGAGAUUCCUCCAGAGCCUGACGUGGUCUACUCCUCCCUGAGGUGACCCCCCAGUCCAGACCCAUCCAGACCCAGACCUCCACACUGCUGAGUUCUGCUGAGUUCUGCUGAGUUCUACUGAGUUCAGACUGGAUUCUCUUGAGUUUUAAUUGAGUUUGAACUGGUUUUUAUUAAGUUUUAUUUGACUUUGAUCAUGUUUUUUUAUUCAUUUUAUUCAGUUUUAACAGGUUUUCAUUGAGUUUUAUUCAGUUUUCUUCUCUGUCGUCUCUCUGGUGGUUUAACAGUCACUCCUCAUAUUAAAAAACCGAAAAUUUUAUUUUAUUCAGUAUAAUUUGCUUUCUUCUGUUUUCUGGAAGUUUUUCACUCUUGCUGCUCAAACUGCUGUGCUUUUUAUUUCUAAUGUUUUCUGACUUUAUUUUCAACCAGUUUCUGUGUUCGACUGGUUUUUGGCUGAUUAUCUGUUUCUUCACUGGUUUUGUAGGAAAUCCAGAUAAAAGCUGAGAAACAUGUUCAGAGA